GUCAACUUGUGCUGAGGUCACCUUUUUUUUUUUAGCCUCCUACUCACAUCUCCUAUUUUCACUUUAAGCCUGCUGUUCCGUGCUUACAAUGUCUCAGAAUCAACAGGACGAGAACCAGUGGACCGAGCUUGGGGACGAGGUCCUUGACCACCCUCAGCACACCGAGGAAGAGCAGCACCAAGAGGCUCCUCCACCACAUCAGACUGCUGAAGACGUCCAAUGGCAGGAGCUUGAAGAUGAAGCACCACCGGAGGCGACCGACACGCAAAUUCUUUCGGAGCAGGACCCUGAAGAAGCAAAUGCCUUAAACGGUGGCGAAGAGGUCGCUGAGGAGCGUAACGAGUACCCUGAGGAUGCGGCUGCCGUGCACGGUGGCGAAGAGGUCGCUGAGGAGCGUAACGAGUACCCUGAGGAUGCGGCUGCCGUGCACGGUGGCGAAAAAGCCACUCCUGAGCAGCCCGACGGACAGUGGGCGGAGCUCGGCGACGAGGAGCCGCAAGAGCACCACCACGAACACCACCUUCACGGGGGACAUCCUCGCGAGUCUCAGGACGAUGAGGAAGGAGUGGCACCUAUGCCUGCCCAACAAGCCGACCAAUGGGCGGAGCUUGGUGAUGAGGAGCCGCAAGAGCAGCCUCACCACCAUGGUGAGCACGCCCACGCCCCGGUGGAGACGGCGUACGAGGCGGAGCCGCAGCAGCACACACGCUCCAUGCCCCCGCCUCAGGCCGCCCGCCAGCAUCUCGGCGCGAUCGUGAAGCCGAAGACCCGCAACGUGAAGGCUGUGUCCCGCUGGGAACCCGUCGAGCACCAGCCGCGUGAGGAGAGCGACGACGAGUUCGAGAUGUCGACGUGCAUGGCGCCCGUGUACGAGGGCGAGGGCGAUGCCGGCAACGAGGACGCCAGCGUGUUCAAGAACGGCGAGCCGGACUGCAAGGGCGAGAUCAUGUCGUGCUUCGACGAGCCGAACCUGCUGUACCGCAUCAUCGACCCCAAUGAGAAGACGUGGGCGUUCUACAACGACAGCCUGAACUACGAGAUGCACGUGCAGUUCACCUUCGGCAAGCACUCGAAGCUGCAGCCGCUGGAGAACACUGUGAUGAACCAGAACGACGAGGGACAGUACGUGACGGAGGUGGUUGUGUACCCCACGGAGACAGAGAUGUUCGUGAAGGGCAGCGUGAACGGCUUCACAAGCAAGCUGCGCGCCGUGCCGCUGAGCGACGAGUACCACAACGCUCGCCGCGGCAUUACGGAGGAGCAGGUGGCCAGCGAGACUGCGGCAAUCCAGCGGCUGACGGACAGCGACAACGCGGAGGAUGUGCUGCAGGCGUGCAUGGAGAACGGGAUUGCGUUCGUGGACCCUGAGUUCCCGCCCUGCCAAGCGUCGCUGGACGCUGGUGCGACGAAGCCCUUCAAGCCGCUUGCGUGGGCUCGCCCGCAGUCGUGCGUGCCGGAGGAGAUGGCUGCGCAGGUGCGUCUGUUCCGCACGAGCGUGCAGCCCGGGUGCGUGGACGCUGGCGAUCUCGGUGACUCCUGGGUGAUGUGCGCUGUUGCCGCUGUGUCGGAGGACCCUGCGCGCCUGAUGGGCAUGUUCCGCCACCCGGAGGGCAAGGCCGCUGCCCAGCGCGAGCAUGCCGUCGGUGCGUACCGUGUGACGUUCAACAAGAACGGGUGGUGGCGCAGUGUGCUUGUGGACAGCUACCUGCCCGUGUCUGCCGGCAAGCUGAAGUACGCGAAGAGCGCCGUGGAUCCUGCGGAGAUGUGGCCCGCGAUACUGGAGAAGGCUUACGCGAAGCUGCACGGCAGCUACGCGAAGAUCUGCUCCGGCGACCCGCUGCACGCGCUGCAGGAUAUGACCGGCUUCUCCACAACGCGUUUUGACGAUGCCCUUGUGGAUGAGUCGAGCAAGACCAAGGCUGAGCUGUUCGACGACCUUGCGCGCGGCAUCGCUGCGGGCUACACUGUCAUUUGCAACACUCCCGGGAAGGGCCCGAACGAUAAAAACCGAGAGCUGACGGAGGAGCUCGCGAAGGUAGGGCUUGUGACCGGCCACGCCUACACGAUUCUCGAUGCCAAACACAUCGAGAAGGAAAACCUGCGCCUCGUGAAGGUUCGCAACGCAUGGGGCCGCGGUCUGGAGUGGAAUGGCGACUGGAGCGAUGACGACAGCAAGUGGGAGGAGUACCCGGACGUGGCCGACGCGUGCGCGUUCCAGAAGGCCGCCGACGGCACGUUCUGGAUGUCGUGGGAGGCUGCGCAGAAGUACUUCAAUGGCGGUGGCGUGUGCUUCUCGCACCAGCCCGCGUACGACUACCGCAUGAACUCCGUGUUCACGAACGGUGUGCCGUCUGCUGUGCUGGAGAUCGAGGUGUCGUCGCCGACGUGGUUCACCUUUGUGAUUUCGCAGGACGACAAGCGCUGCCGCGACACCGCGGCGGAGUACCAGCCCGUGAUGAUCAGCAUUGCGGAGCCCGUGGAGGGUGGCAUGUACAAGGUGGUGCUGAACACGUCUGCUGACGGUGUUCACCCGACUCCGGACAAGUGGACGUUCCUGCAGGCGCGUGACAUCUCGCUGAUUCGCAAGUUGGAUGUUGGCAAGUACAUCGUUGUGCCUCGCAAUAUGCCCUCUGAUGCCGACCCAGUGCCGUAUGUGCUUGGCAUGAUCACGAACAAGGAGGUGGGAGGUGGCGAUGUGUCGGUGAAGUUCAAGCGCCUGGAUGCGAGCAACCGCGUGUUCGAGAACUUCCCGAAGUUCGAGCCCGAGCUGAAGGAGGUGGAGCAGCCGGUGCAGUUCCAGAGGCGUGCUCCUGGUGAGGGCUUUCCGCUGACGCAGAUGGGCGAAGAGUUGCUGUAA